AUGUCUGGCGCAAACAGUUGGUUGACGCGACAGCGCAAGUCGGAUCUUAGUGACCUGGCCCAGAGGCUCGGUCUCAAGGACUAUGCCACCCAAAAGAAGGCCGAGCUCGAACAGGCUCUCGACGAUUUCCUGUCCGAGAACUCGGCGCGCUACCAGUCGGACUCGACCCUCGCGCCCUACUACAACAGCCGUGCUCGCGCGAUAGGCUCUCCCGUCAAGAAGGAGGCCCCCGAGCUCAAGGUCGCCAAAAGGAGACAGACCAAGGCCCAGGAGGAGGUUCCUGCCGACAGCGAGGACGAGCCCACCGGCAUGUCCACGGCCCUCGCCCGCACUCCCGGCCGUGCCCUGUCCCUCGCCAGCCGCAUUCCCCUUCCCGCCUCGCCUGCCGACGUCGCCCAUGCCGUCGACCGCAGCACUCUGGCCGUGAGGGAGCGCGUCACCUCCAUCUACCACGACUCGGGCAUCCCCGAGGUCACCCAGAUCACCCGGGAGUCGCUGUCCACCGUCCACGCCAUCCUCUUCGUCAUCUCGGCCUUUGAGCUGUUCCGCCUGCGCCCAGAGGUCCUCGCCGACCGCUACGCCUUCACCAUCCCGGCCAUCCCCUUCCUGCGCACCUCUGACUACCCCGUGCACAUCCCGGAUAUGUUCCUGCUGCUCACCUCGUCGUUCUGGUCCCCCGUCCUCCUCUGGGCCUUCUCCAGCACCAUCGUCCCGGCCAUCUUUGGCUACUUCUUCAACCUGUCUGCCGCCAGCCACACUGGCCGUGGCCGCAAGGCCCACCAGCUCGAGUACGCUGUCGACCCUCUGGUCUUCAGCAUUGCCAAGGCCAUUCUGACCUACGCCAUCUACGAGCAGGGCGUCAGCUUCUGGGGCCUCGUUGACCAGGACUCUGUCGCUCGCAUCAACUCGGCCAUCUACGGCGGCUGGAGGGGCGUCAUCGUCGGCACCUUUGUCACCGGCCUGGUGAGCGUCUACGAUGCCGUCCUCAAGAAGUAG